GCCUCAUCUUCUAUUAAACGCAACAAAUAAACAAGUGAAAGAGAAGAAACCGGCUAAUCGGCGUCUAACAAGGGAUUGGGAGCAAAAAUGUCAGGAAGAGGAAAGGGAGGCAAGGGAUUGGGAAAGGGAGGAGCUAAACGCCAUCGUAAGGUUCUCAGAGAUAACAUACAAGGCAUCACGAAACCGGCGAUUCGACGUCUGGCGAGACGUGGUGGAGUCAAGCGUAUCAGCGGCUUGAUAUACGAAGAGACUCGUGGCGUUCUCAAGAUCUUUUUGGAGAAUGUGAUAAGGGACGCCGUGACCUACACCGAGCAUGCUCGCCGGAAAACUGUCACCGCCAUGGAUGUCGUCUAUGCUUUGAAACGCCAGGGCCGUACUCUCUACGGGUUCGGUGGUUAGAGUUAGGGUUUGGUUUGUCGGUGUUUUAAUGUAAUUUGCAAUGAAAUUUAAGCAGGUAAUGAAUGUUUUUAUGGCAACUCACAAUUUAAAUUA